AUGGCCUCUGCUGGGCUGCAGAUCCUGGGAGUUGUCCUGACUCUGCUGGGCUGGGUGAAUGCCCUGGUGUCCUGUGCCCUGCCCAUGUGGAAGGUGACCGCCUUCAUCGGCAACAACAUCGUGGUGGCCCAGGUGGUGUGGGAGGGGCUGUGGAUGUCCUGCGUGGUGCAGAGCACCGGCCAGAUGCAGUGCAAGGUGUACGACUCGCUGCUGGCGCUGCCCCAGGACCUGCAGGCCGCCCGUGCCCUCUGCGUCAUCGCCCUCCUUGUGGCCCUGCUCAGCCUGCUGGUCUACCUUGCUGGGGCCAAGUGUACCACCUGUGUGGAGGACAAGGAUUCCAAGGCCCGCCUGGUGCUCACUUCUGGGAUCAUCUUUGUCAUCUCAGGGGUCCUGAUCCUGGUCCCCAUCUGCUGGACAGCCAAUGCCAUCAUCCACGACUUCUACAAUCCCCUGGUGGCUGAUGCCCAAAAGCGGGAGCUGGGGGCCUCCCUGUACCUGGGCUGGGCGGCCUCGGGCCUUUUGUUCCUGGGUGGGGGGCUGCUGUGCUGCAAUUGCCCCUCAGGGGGGUCCUGGGGCCCCAUCCAUUACGUGGCUCAAUACACGGCAUCUGCCCCUGCCGCCUCUCGGGGGCCCUCCGAGUACCCCACCAAGAAUUACGUCUGA